AACAGUUUUAUUUCUCUCCAUUUGUGCUUUCAGAGAUCAUCUGCAAAAAGAAUACAAAAGCCUCCAUGCUAGCAAGAGAAGCAUGUAAUGAUUUUUUUCCCAAGUGCACAUGCUUUUUAGGAAGCAAAUAUACCACUUGUGGUACUCAGACUUAGAUCCAGUAUUUCUCUCCCUCUCUCCCCCUUCUGUUUAUGGGGUAGAAGCACUAAUCACAUGGAAAACUGCUGCUUGGUGACAGGUUUCAGAGUAACAGUCGUGUUAGUCUGUAUUCGCAAAAAGAAAAGGAGUACUUGUGGCACGUUAGAGACUAACCAAUUUAUUUGAGCAUAAGCUUUCGUGAGCUACAGCUCACUUCAUCGGAUGCAUACUGUGGAAACUGCAGAAGACAUUAUAUACACAGAGACCAUGAAACAAUACCUCCUCCCACCCCACUCUCCUGCUGGUAAUAGCUUAUCUAAAGUGAUCACUCUCCUUACAAUGUGUAUGAUAAUCAAGUUGGGCCAUUUCCAGCACAAAUCCAGGUUUUCUCACCCUCCGCCCCCACACACACAAACUCACUCUCCUGCUGGUAAUAGCCCAUCCAAAGUGACCACUCUCUUUACAAUGUGUAUGAUAAUCAAGGUGGGCCAUUUCCAGCACAAAUGAACCCAAAUUUACAGCUGCAGUAUUGCCUUAAGUCUGAAAAGCCCUUUGGUAGUGAAGAACUGUGACAAAGACAUGUUUCAUGUGAUUUUGCAGAAUUCUUGUAAUAGAUGGUGAAAGUUUGCCUUUAAUAACACUGACCUCAAGAGUAAAUGCCUUUUCAUCAGCGUUAGCACAAUAUGAAUGUAACUUUGGGCAAGUUAUUUGACCAUCCUGUGUCUCAGUUUACCUAGCAGAAAAGCUGACUAAAAAGCAGAAACUUGCUGAAAACCAGAUGUUGGGAUUAGGGUGAGUUUCUUGGGGGGAAUAAAAAUCCCUCCUCCCUCAUGAAAGUAAAAAACUGAAUUGCAAAAACAUUCCAUUGAUAAAAAGAAAGGGAGUACUUGUGGCACCUUAGAGACUAACCAAUUUAUUUGAGCAUGAGCUUUCGUGAGCUACAGCUCACUUGAUAAUACAUGUAAAUACUGCAGUUGUGUUCAUGCAAUUAAUUUUACUUGGUGGACCUGUAUUUAAUUCCACCCCAUUGUGCAUAAUUUUUGAGGAUCACUCAGAUACUGUUCUCUAGCCUAAAUCAAUAAAAUAACCUUCGUGUGAUGCAGAAGAGUAAUAAUACAAAAAUAAUUUUAAUAUAAAUGUCCAUUUAAUAUGGACUGACAGUUUAGAGUGCCACCAACUUUUACAACAAUUCUGCUAAUCAUUAUUUCAAACUUACACCUUCAAUCAUAAAAUAUGAAGAAAGGAAAAAGUAAUAUGAACACAAGAGACCCUUGAAAUAUCUCCCUCCAGUCUUUGUCCUCCCUGUUCCUUACAGACAUGUAUAUUACAAAUGGUUGCAGAAUGGCCAGAAAAAAAUCCAACGAGCCUCUCAAACCUGUUGAAUUAGCUAAUAGCAGUAGAAAAGAAUAGCAGCAGACCUCUGUGAAGAAAAGGGACAUACCUAUCUGGUUUCCCAUUAGUUGCUGCAACAGGCUACAGUUUGCCAGCUUUGAGAAAGAAUGUGCCAAAGGUAAAAGGGCUCAGAAUUUCUUUUACCAUUGGAAUACAGGCUGACAUUUGCCCCAGUUUAAACCAGACAACCCAGACCCCACUUUAGGAAUGCAUCUCUAUUCAGAAAAAGUGCUGAAGUACAUUCCUAAAGUAUGGUUUCAGAGUAGCAGCCGUGUUAGUCUGUAUCUGCAAAAAGAAAAGGAGUACUUGUGGCACCUUAGAGACUAACAAAUUUAUUUGAGCAUAAGCUUUCAUGAGCUACAGUGCUUAAGUGCUUUCCUGCAUUGGGAACCCAGUCCUGAUAAAACUAUGAAGAAUAUUGGGUAUCAGCUGUUGUUACUGGAUGUAGCUGUAACUUGUGAUCCUAUGUGAUUGAGACUCAGUAUAGAUUAAAAGGCAUCUUCAGCUGCUUCCAAUCUCAGUAGUUUGAGCACCUUGGCUACUAGGGUCACACUGCAAACACUACCUUAGUGAAGGGAGUUUCUAAACCUACUGAACAGGAGUCUUUAACUGUGAGAUUUUCUAAUUCAGGUGAAUCAACAAACUAAAACCCUUCCCAAGGCCAGCAAAUGAGAUGAUAAACUAGUGACCUAUUUGAAUCUAUAAUUUGCACAAUAUUAAUUCUUGUUAAAGAUUAUUUAUACAGAAAGUUCAUUAUUUAGUGUUGACAGCAACUCUUUCUGUCAUUCUAUACCAUGAUUACUAGACAUUACUAGUAUUUUUGCAACAUGUAUGGGCAGAGUUUGGGUCCUGCGGCUUUUUCCUCUUCCACCUAUCCUCUCUUUUGCCUUGUACCCUCCUGAACUACUUUGGUGGUCAAACCCCAACUGGUAAAACACCUUUUUCUUUUUAUACUUUGCAGAGGAAUUAAUCUUUCAGUAGGAUAUUCGACAUGUGAAGAAGCCAGAGUAAUUAGGGAAAGGACUGAUAAUUUUGAAGGAGUCAGGUGAGAAUCUUUUUUAAUUUAAUAAUAAUAAUAAUAAUUUAAAAAAAUAACUAGUUAGUAAAAUUGAUGUUUCUGGCGUCAGAAGGAGCCCCCCCCCCAGCACAAAGGAGAUCCUAAUUGUGCAGAGCUGACAUCCUCAUCCAUGCUCUUAUCCCACAUAACUCCCUGCUUCUGGGGAGGGGAGCUUGAAUGGAGGAAAUGGGGUGGAAGGAACACCUCGACACCAAGCUAAUUAUCAGCUGCUCUGACCCUAGAAGACGGACUCCAUCCAGCCGGCGCAGGCUCGCAGGGAGAGUCGGCAAGGGGAGCUGUAGAGUUUAUUUGCGCCCUUCCCCGCCCCCAGCCCGUGGGGAAGAAAGGCGGGCACGGAACAUGCCCGGGGCUCCGUCAGGGUUGGGCUCCCGUCACCCAAGUACCUUGAUGGCUUCAGCGCCGCGAUCACCCUCCGCCAGCCGGGGAAAAGGGGAAGCCGAGCGCCGCGCCUCUUGCGUCAGUCGAUCGGCGCAAACCCCUCCUCCCCGUGCACCCAGGCCGGCCCGCUUGCGCUCCAGGCCGGCUGCCCCGCUCCCGAUUGGGUGCCUGGGGCCGCGCGGGGGGCGGGGCUCCCGGAAGUGCCGCUGCCAGAGUGGCCCGGCGCGGGGAGGGCGGGGCGCUUUAGUGGCAGGGGCGGUGCUAGCUGCCGCGCGAGCUGCUGUUUUGGUUCCUGGUUCUGAGGGAUUCCACAAGGCGCGAGACGCGGCCCCUCCUCCUCUUUCUGUUGUUGCUGCUGCUGCUGCAGACCGGCGCCGCCCCCGUCCCCUGCCGCAGCCCGAGCCCGAGCCCGCUGGCGCUGCCCAUGGCCGCUGAGAUCCAGCCCAAGGCGCUGACCCGCAAGCCCGUCCUGCUCAGCAAGGUGGAGGGUUCCCAGGAUGUAGUGAGCAUGGCCGCGAUCGUGCCCAAGGAGGACGGGGUCAUCAGCGUCUCCGAGGACAGAACUAUCCGUGUGUGGCUGAAGAGAGAGAGUGGGCAGUAUUGGCCUAGCAUAUACCAUGCAAUGCCAUCUCCAUGUUCAUGCAUGUCUUUUAACCCGGAAACAAGAAGGCUGUCCGUAGGUCUAGACAAUGGUUCAAUCUCAGAGUUUAUUUUAUCAGAAGAUUACAACAAGAUGACACCAGUGAAAAGUUACCAGGCUCACCAAGGCAGGGUUAUAAUGAUUCUGUUUGUCCUGGAGAUGGAAUGGGUGUUAAGCACGGGACAGGACAAGCAAUUCACAUGGCACUGCUCGGAGAGUGGGCAGCGGCUCGGAGGGUAUCGCACCAGCGCGGGGGCCUGCGGCCUGCAAUUUGAUGUUGAGACCCGACAUGUGUUUAUAGGUGAUCAUUCUGGGCAGGUAACGAUUCUCAAACUAGAGCAAGAGAACUGCAGCCUUGUCACAACAUUUAAGGGUCAUACAGGUGGUGUCACUGCACUUUGUUGGGACCCAGUGCAGCGAGUUUUGUUCUCAGGCAGUUCAGAUCAUUCCAUUAUUAUGUGGGACAUAGGAGGAAGAAAAGGAACAGCCAUUGAAUUACAAGGACACAACGAUAAAGUUCAGUGUGUCUCCUAUGCUCCCCACACAAGACAGCUCAUCUCUUGUGGCGCAGAUGGUGGAAUUGUUAUCUGGAAUAUGGAUGUUGAAAGACAGGAGACACCAGAGUGGUUGGACAGUGACUCCUGUCAAAAGUGUGACCAGCCUUUCUUCUGGAAUUUUAAACAGAUGUGGGACAGUAAGAAAAUAGGCCUUAGACAGCAUCACUGCCGGAAGUGUGGGAAAGCAGUGUGUGGCAAAUGCAGCUCUAAGCGCUCCUCCAUACCUCUGAUGGGAUUUGAGUUUGAAGUGAGAGUCUGCGAUACCUGUCAUGAAUCGAUAACGGAUGAGGAACGUGCACCCACAGCCACUUUCCAUGACAGUAAGCACAACAUUGUCCAUGUACACUUUGACGCAACCAGGGGAUGGUUAUUGACUUCCGGGACAGACAAGAUUAUUAAGUUGUGGGAUAUGACACCAGUAGUGUCUUGAUGAUACACCAGUGAAACUUAAAGGCGGUAUUUACUGAAGAAACAGAUUUCCUAACUCUAAUCGUAUUGCAGAAGAUAAAAUGCUGCGUGUACAUGGCAGAUAAGGAAGGAGCUAACACAUCUGUGUUGAUUUUUCAAGGCAUCGCCUCGAUCAAGGUUGAACAUUUGCACGAAGACUCUAUUUCAACUUGUUCUCAAAAUAUCCGAGAAGGUAUUUUUUUAACUAACGGUUUGUACGAUCGGUUCAGUUAUUUUGAGUUUAUCUGGAAAAUCUGUGUGCCGUGCAAUUUAGUUUUUAUAUUUCAUUACGUUGGUAUACUUGUUGCUUUGUGUGAAAGGGUUCUUUGUUUUGUGUCUGGGCUUGUAAGAAAGUUUCCAAUCGCAAUAUACUGUACAAAGCUAUCAGAGCUCCCCAGAGAGAGUACCUAUUUAUUCGUGAUGUUCUUGCUAACAGCCUUUUCCGUGGAGCAGCUUUGAGCAGCACCUUUGCUUACUGCAUCGUAAAGGAUCUGUGGAACCAUUGCACCUUUCCGAAAAGGGCUCUUCCAUCUACUUGUUCUAGCAAAUAUCACCUUGAGAUGGCAUUUUAUUGUUACAUAAGAUGAUAUUCAGUUCCUUCUGUCUCUUCCCUUGCCACACAGGUUGCAAAAUCAAGGGGCUGGGUUGCUUAGCAACUAAUCUUACAAUAACUGAAAUAGUUUUCCAGCCCAGAGCAUUAACAAGGAGUGUCCAGACCAGUUUGAAUUUGAUGAGGCUGCACAGGCUGCUUCAAAUUAAAUUGGCAGCGGCUUGUAGAACUGUGGAAUUGUAUAAGAGGGCAUCUGAACAGGCUUGGUCGGGCUCAAACAAGCCUGGUUCUUCCUCACAAAGCAUCAUGUCAGUGUUUAUGUCUGUCUCUUUUGCUGGAGAGAAUUUAAACUUUCCCAUUUCCGCUCCCCACCCAGUUAUUUAUAUUUAUUUUAAAAUUGCUGAUGGUUUUUAUUAAUCGUGUAUAUAGUCCAGAAACUAAUGUGGCUGACUCACACCCGUUGUCCUGCUGUCUGGUUUGGCAGUUUCUUUUUAAAAAUAAAAAUGAUUAAAAAACCCACCCUGGCCCAAAUGACCUUUUUAAAGGGAUAUUGUCGAGGUUCAUAGGUGGGCGAAAUUGUCCUCCUUCCACAGAGGUCCCAUCUGGAAGGUCCUUGCUUUCUGGAUUCCUGAAUGUUUCAUUUAUAAAUAAAUUAUUAUGGCCAUGCUUUGAAGAAACUAAAAGUGGAAAGACUGCAGCAGGUACUGUCGGACCUUUCAUAUGGGGCCACUAUUUUACCCACCACUAUUUUACCCACCAAAAUGGAGGAGAACCAGAGACUCCAACAUCCACAAGGUAGGCACCAUGAUCUGGGGACAUGGAUACACAACUGGUAAUCAGCAAGUCAGUGGCACAAGCUAGGUCUUCCAUGUGGCCUUGAAGUGACUUGCCCCUCUCUGUGCAUCAUUCCCCCACUGUAAACUGGAGUGUAAUGAUACACACCCACUUUUGUAAAGCAUGUUGCAGGCUGCGGAUUCAAGUGCUGUAGUGCUAAGUGCGCUAUUAUAGCUCUGCAAACAUCUACUCUUGCCCCUUGCCUACAGUAGGUAACUUUCUUUUAAAGUGGGUGAAUAAAAUAUAAUUAGUUCUUCACCCAUCAUCAGUUGCCCUAGUAAAGGGUGAGUGAGUAGGUGUGUGCGCGCGCCACGGCUGGUCCAUCUUCCUGAUAGUUCUGUGUUUUGCAUUAUUUACUCUAUAUGUAUAGGUUUGCCAAUCCUCAUAUUCUCCUUUUUAAAAUGACCCUACUCUCGCUUUAUUAGACAUGCUGCCAAGUAUCUGCUUCUCCUCUAAGCAGCCCAUUUUAACAUAUAUUUUCAAACAUGAUAAAGGCUUAGCUAAAAGAAUCUUUUCUAAUGUAAAUGUUAAUUCUUUUGCAAGCCAUCCUGCUUUCUCUCAUGGUAGCUGGCUGCUGAUUUUAUCCUCCCACUGGAAAACCUUUGAAAGGUGGGUCAUUACACCCUGUUCCAUAUUGUGUGAUGACUAAGGCUACAAUUCAGUCAUGGAUAUUUUUAGUAAAAGUCAUGGACAGGUCGUGGACAGUAAAGAAAAAUUCAUGGCCAGUGACUUGUCCAUGACUUGUACUAUAUACCCCUAACGAAAACUUGGGCCAGGGGUAAUUUCGGGGGGUGGGGCUGCCAUGGGUGCUGGGGAUGGGCACGAGCACACAGCCCAGGACCCCCGCUGGUGCUUGGCGGAGGGGAGAAGGUUGGCAGGGCUGGCAGGCUCCCUACCUGGCUCUGUGUGGCUCCCCGGAAGCAGCCGGCAUGUCCCUGCAGCUCCUAGCGGGAGGGGAUGGGAGGGGAGGGAAGGCCAGAGGGGGCUCCGUGUGCUGCCCCUCCCCCCCCUCCCCCCCCCCACGAGCACCAGCUCCGCAGCUCCUGCUGGCCAGGAACCUCAGCCAAUGGGAGCUGUGGGGGUGCUGCCUUCAGGCAGGGGUACUGCGCAGAGCCCCCUGGCCCCUCUGCCUAGGAGCUGCAAGGACAUGCCAGCUGCUUCUGGGGAGCUGCCCCCCGCCCCAGGUAAGCAUCAUCCCGCACCCCAGCCCUGAGCCCCCUCCCACAUCCAAACUAUUGUUGUUGAUGGGCAAAGUCACGGAGGUCACUGAAAGUCCUGAAAUCCGUGACCAACAUGCAGCCUUAAUGAUGACUGAAAUUUCUUCUGCUGAAAAAGCUAUGCAAGAUAACUCAGUGGUUUGCCAAUGUCCAAAUGCUUGUUGCUUAGCUGGGGUGAAACUGCUGAAUUAUGCUACUCCAGAAUACCUUGGAAGGGUCGGGCUACUUUCCUAAAAACAAGAUCCACUUUGCUGCCGCUCUGAACAAGUAUGUAGCGGGAUGGGUGAAACAUCCGGAAAUACUGGGCAAAGCAACUCAGACCAGUAUCUUUCGUAAAAAUGUGUACAGUUAGCUUUGGUCUACACUACAGAGUUAAUCAGUGUAAGGCAGCUUAUGUCGACCUAACUCUGUAAGUGUCUACGUUGGUGGGAGCUACUUUUUAAUAUCAGUCGCCCACUACACUGACUUAAUAACUCUACCUCCAAGAGAGGCGUAGUGCUUCAGUCAAUGUAGUUAAGUCAAGGCAGUGUCAGUGUAGACAUUGCGUUGCUUACAUCGCCUGUUGCUGCCUUUCAGAAGCCGUCCCACAAUGCCCCGCACUGACAGUUCAAUCAGUGCAAGUGCUCCUGGUGAGGACGUGCACCGCCGACACAAGGAGUGUAGUGUGAACGUGCAAAAGCAAUUUAAUUACUGUGUUGGCUGUACAUUGACAGCACUUAGGGCAACUUAAGUUUGUAGUGUAGACAUGCCCAAAGAUAAACACUAAGAGGGCAGUUCAGCAUCUGGUGUAAAUUAUAGUUCCACUGAAGUCUGAGGCGCUAACAAUUUACACCAGCUGAGGAUUUACCCCUGUGUCUUUUAGCCUCUCCCUCAUAGGCGCUGUAAGUACAAAUCCACCAAACAAAAAAUUAAGCAGAGUUUUUACCCUCCAAAAUGGAGGAGAACCAGAGACUCCAACAUCCACAAACCCCAUUUGGCUGUAAGAGGGUUUGACUGUACUGUGAAAACAGACUUCUCUGCAAAUUGUAAUGAAGUCCUCUUCUUGAUCUUUACAAUUUAAAUGCUGUGGAUGAGAGACUGAGAAAUCCCAUUCUGUGGGUUGGUUUGUUUGUUUGCGUCUCUUUGUGCCUAGAAAAAUUUCUGAUUGGGCAGUUCAGGGUUCAGUCUACUAACAAAAAGAAUUGUCUUGACUGGAGGAUACAUAAGAGUUAAAGGGGGUCUGUUCUCCUCUUGAUGUAAUCACAUAGCUCUCAUUGGAGCUACGUCUUGUGUAUGUGAAGGGGAAAAUAGACCUGUCUCACUUGAACCGCAGCUCCUUUAUCUCCCAAAUAAAAGUACAAGGAUUCGACAGUGGGAGAGUUAAGAAGAACGUCCAAUCUCUGGAUAAGAGUUAGGCCUUGUCUACACUAUGGGGGGAGAUGGAUCUAAAUUUCGCAACUUCAGCUACGUGAAUAAUGUAGCUGAAGUCUACAUAGCUUAGAUCUACUUACUGCGGGGUCCACACUAUGCUAUGUUGACGGAAGACACUCUCCCGUCGACUCCCUUGUGCUUCAUUCCGGUGGAGUACAGGAGUCGACGGGAGAGCCAUCUGCGGUCAAUGUAGUGGGUCUUCACUAGACGCGCUAAAUUGACCGCUGAUUUAUCAGUCGCCACACGUCUAUUCCCCCCGUAAGUGUAGACAAGCCCUUAGUGUCAGUUUCUUUCGGCCCUUUGAUCAGCAUGGAUCACAAAAUUCCUGUUGUCUACUCCAUUCUUUCAGUUAUAGCUGUGAGGAGAAACCCUCAGUGCAAUUAAUCUAUACAAUUAUCCUUUUUCUUUUUACUUGGAGGUGAGCAAUGGGCAUCUUUCAACAGGGAUGUUAAAUUACAUCCUAAGAAGUACAAGCAGAAAUCCUCCAUUUUCUCGGGGUAGUUGAUUACAGUUGCUGUUUAUUUUAGUUACAGGAUUUUUCCACUGCAUGAAUGCAGAAAACACUAGCCUUCCUCCACUCUUAAAUUUAAAUUUAUCAGAUUUUCAUCGAUCCUCUGUUAGCUUUUUUCCCCUUCAGGGAGUCUACUCAGUCUGUGGCUUAAAAACCAGUGAUUACUGCAAUGCUUACAGAAAAUAAGCCCCACUAUUAUUGUACAUUGCACUGACAAUAAAUGAAUGUGUUGGCAGCAGACCUGAGGCAAGAUAUUAAUGUAGCUACUUGUGUUACUGCUCAGUACUGGUGACUAAAGAAAGAUAUUUCCGCGGUGUGGGGUUGGAGGAGAAGCUGAGAAGAGUGUUGUUUUUCUCUAAGGUAGGAACUAGAAAUGAGAUGAAAUUAGGCAAAGGAAAAUGGAUGCUGACUACUAGCAACAGUUUUCUUAGAUAACAGCAGUCGUCUCCCGAGGAUAGAAGAAACAAACUCAUUGCAUGGGUCAUUUCCAACUGGACAGAGGACUAACAAACCGUACUGCAGGGAAGAAUUCUGCAGUAGUAACAAGAGACUAGAUGAUCCAAUAGGUCUCUUUUCUCUCUAUUUUCUACGACCUGAUGGUGAUCCUGAAGCUUUUUUGACCCUGGUAUCAAGCAAGAAAAAAAAAGGGGAGGUGGUCCUUAACACCACCUGGUGUGAUCCUUGAAGUGGAAUCAAAGGGGAUAAUUGUUAAAGCUUAGCCCUGGCAGCGUUGUUUAAAUAUAUACAGUAUUGGGCAGAGGGUGGGGAGCAUAUUUCCUCAGUCUUGGGUUGGUUUGCUGAAGAGAAGGUGGGAUGUCAGACAUCUGAAACCGAUUCUGUGUAGCCCCAUCUAGUUGCAGAAAGAAACCAUUGGUUUAAGCAAACUAAAGGAAAUUAUUGUAUGUUCUCAUAAGCAGAUUGCUUCGUUUCAUAAGACUUAAAUGUAGGUGAAAAAUAUUGAUAUGAUUUUUCUUAGUCCAAAACGUUAGGGCUGCUAUAACUAUUAUUUUAGAAUACUGUGCAAGAAUGUCCUUACUGUUUACAACAGAGCUUGGGAAAAAGGACCAGAUUAAUUAUCAGCAUUUAAAUUUUUCUGUUUUGUAGUGUGUAGGAACUAACUGUGCAAUGAAUGUGUACAUAUUCCACGUGAGUAUCCUGAUUCUUUACAGAAGACUGCAUUAAACAAAUGUUGCAUAUUUUUUCAAUAAAGCCUUUUUCAUCUUUUCACUAUAUGCCGUGCAUACACUCGGAUAUGUUUAAAACAAAAACCACAACCCUAACCACAUUUCUAGGAAGAAAUGCUGACUGCCCUGAGCUCUAACUUGAAGUGGUUUGGGCAUAAGAGAUAAGUAUCACUUUAUUAUAUGCAAGCUUGCUGAUUUUGGAUGAGCCAAAAGUCUGGCAAAGCACUGUGUGAGAGCAGAUAUGUUACAGAAUCACUUGUGUGCGGUGGGGCCAGAUGGAAAAGAUGGGGCCAGAUUUUUCCUCAUGAUCUCACACAUGAAUGACAGUGGGAAUCCUGCAUGCAUUUGAGGGAAAAACUUUGCCUCCAGCUUGGGACCAAUAAAGACCCAAAAUUGUAAUCAAGAUUCAAAGAGAUUCUCCCUUAAUUUUGUGUGGCUACUUCAGUAUCUUCAGUUGGAUGCGUUUUUUUUGUUUGUUGUACUUUUUUUUCCCCAGGCAUCUCUGAAUUUCUCCAUUCUGUUUAUUUGUGUUCAGUGAGACUGAAAUCUUUUCCUGUUGCGGACAGAACUCAGAGAACCAUUGACAAAAUAAUUCUCUCUUUCAGCACUGUUUUCUUUUGAAUAUUCUCACACUGAAUUAAGAGUGGAGUUGCAUAAUAGUCAACAGGAUACAAAGCUGAACCCAGUUCUGCUGUUUUAGCCUUCUUUAUUAAUCACAGCAUGCCCAGAGGUCCCUGUCAGGAUCGGGAUCCCAUGGUGAGUAAGGAUGGUCCUGGUUGUUAGUGCUAGCCUGGGACUCUGGAGACAUGGAGUUCAAUUCCCUGCUUUGCCAGAGACUUCCUGUGUGACCUUGUGCAACUCACGCAGUCCCUCUGUGCCGAAGUUCCCCAUCUGUACAGUGGGAGCUAUAGCAUUUCCUUACCUCACUGGGAUGGGAUGGAGAGAAUACAUUAGACUGAGACACUCUAAUACUACAGUAAUGGGAGCCAUAUAACUUAAUAUUUUGUGAACAGUCAGGACUUCCUUGAGCAGAUCUGAAAUGCCCCUUGCCAUUUCUCUAAGAAGAUGAAUAGCACUUCUGUGUUCCUCUACCAAGAAAUUGUCACUGGUAAUUACUUGGGAUUGCGGUUCCCGGUCAGUGGAGUACUGAUGAACAUGGGAAAAUGGAGCUAAGUAAAUGUAGAUAGACAGGGAUGAAGUGGACCCCUGGUGUUCAGGGUAGAGUAAAAUCAAUAGUUUGUCUUUAACACUGUGCAUCUGGUCACUUACAGCACAUUCGUAAAACUCAUUCCCUCCAGUUUGGGCCUUGGUAAAUGUUCAGUACAAAAAUAAUAUUGCAUCAGAGAUAAAUAUGUAGCCCUGAUGGUUCCUUAAGACUAGGACAAAAGCAUACGAGCCACUUGAUGAUAAAUUGCACUUACCAGGCAUCCAUGUGGUAAUAUUUCUGCCUUAGAAAAGUUGAUUUUUAUUGACCAGCUAAUGGUAUGAUUCGUUUUUCCAAAGGAUGAGCAUUGUUUUUCACUUUCCCUUUAUUUUAUUCAGUCUGUUCAUUAUGUUGAGCAAAUAAAGCUCUUGCUUACCUCAGAUUGGUAAGCGAUUCUACUUGGUAGUUUAUAAUUCUGUUUAUAAUCCAGCUACCACUUUGCCUUGUGGUUCCUAUAUGUAAAUGCAUGUCUCCAAGAUACUUUAAUAUGUUCUUCAGCAUGAGUUUUAGCAAUUUACUAAAUUUAUUUCCAUCAAAAUCUGUCUUUAACCUCUCCAUCCUCUUGCUUUAUGUUUAAUUUUUAAUAGGGAAAAUUGGAUAUACAGUCUCCUCUGAUAUACAUCUGCCUGUUCUCUCUAUGCCGAAAUAAAACUGACUUUUUCUAAGCAAUGAGUGAACAAGGUCAUUCUUUAAAUGAGAUGGGUUUUCACUUACCACACUUGGAAGGGCCUGAGCAGCCAAUGAGAGUAGGAUAUAUGGGCUGCCAGAUUCUUGGCAUCAUCUUGAUUGGCAGCAUAACUUCCCAGCUCCCACUAAGGCUCCAGAACUUUUCCUGACUGAACUUGUUGUCUUUACUUAUUAAAGAGUUAAUAGCAGACAAACUGGCAGAAGCAGGAAAAACCCAGCUUUUUCUGAAAGCUCCUCUUGUGGUGAUGCCCAGGUACACAGGCUCUACAAGGUCUCCCUUUAUUUUAUCAGCCUGUCUUCCCCAUUUGAUUAAGCAGCUGAGUGGCAUAUUGGUGUGGCUGGGGGGUCUUUGACCAGGUUAGCCACACCAGCCCAUUAUCUAGGGCCUGGUCUACACUACAAACUUAGGUCAAUGGAAGCCGCCUUAUGUCUCCCUAAUAAUAAUGUAUGCCUCUACACUACCAGGUCUCUUCUGCUGACCUAACUCACCUGUAAUGUCGACUUAAUGACUCCCCCUCCGCAAGAGGUGGUGUGCUUACACAAUCCUGUGUCAACACUGCCUCUUUGUCUACCCAUCAACAUUGAUGUAAGUUGACUGAAUUGGCUUCCAGGAGGUGUCCCACAAUGCUCCUUUGUGACCGCUCUGGAGAUGGUUUUCAACUCCAUUGCACAGCAGCCAGGUGCACAGGAAACCGCCCCUUCCCUUUUAAAGCUCCACAAACUUUUGAAUUCCAAUUUCCUGUUGGAUCAGCAUGGAGAGCUCACCAGCCCAGCUGAUCAUGGGGACUCAAAUGCGCUCCAGCCUGGAGUACACAGGAGGUGAUGGAUCUUAUUGGUCUGAGGGGAGAAGAGUCUGUGCAGGCACCGCUCUGAUCCAGCCGAGAGAGACAUCUACGUGAAGAUCACGUGGGACGUGGAGGAGCAGGGCUACAGCAGGGACACGCAGCAUUGCCACGUAAAAAUCAAAGAACUUCGGCAGAUGUACCAGAAGACUAACAGUCAUUCUGGUUCUGCACCACACACAUGCUGCUUCCACAAUGAGGUGGAUGCAGUUCUUGAUGGUGACCACACCACUAACCCCGAAUGCAGCGUGGAUAUCUCCCAGGAGUCUGAGUCCUGGGCCACCUCAGGCAACAACGAGGAGGAUAUUCUGGACAAGCAAGAGGAGGAGGAGAAUGGGAGACAGGUGAGUGGUGGAUCCAUUCUCCCAGAGAACCAAAAGGUAUUUUUAACCCCAGAGCCCAGCUGGUCGCAGGACAGCAUGGUGGCCAAGUGUGAUGCCAGGGAAGGCACCUUUGGUGAGCAUGCAAUUCCAAUCAAACUGUCAGAGUUACAUUCUCUUAUAUUUUAUGUUUAAUCUGAAGAAAAAGUGAGGUUCAGUGGGUAUCUGCUUCCCAGUGGCCAAUCCUGCUACACAGACUGUGCGCCUGGAAAAGACUGUUUCUGAGCACAGAGUACGGCUUCAUGAGCAGGGGGUACGCUAGAUCUCCCAGGAUCACUGUUAGCGUUUCAACAACAUCAACGCUUAUUUUGCGAUCUGGAAAGAGUCCCUGCUUGCAGCUUUCUGAACAAACCUAUGUUCCUAAAGAUGCGUGCGUCAUGCACUGUUCUGGCCAUCAAACUGUGAUCCACCAGCACUUGCAACACCAUUGAAAAAUAUCCUUUAUGGUUUAUGUACUCUUUUUGGCUAGGUGGUCGGCUGCCAAGAUAGGGAUAUGCAGACUUCUAUCACCCUACUGCAGCUCGGGAACUCCAUCGUGACAAAACCAUCCACUAUGUCCUGCACGUUGCCCAGAGUUACUGCCCUUCUUAGUACAAUUCAAUUAAUGGCCCUGCACACUUGGAUCACAACAGCUCCCACAGUGGAUUUACCUACUCCACAUUGAUUCCCCACUGACCAGUAACAGUCUGUCAUUGCAAGCUUCCACAGAGCCAUCGCCACUCGCUUCUCCACUGUCAGAGCAGGUCUCGUUUUAGUGUUGCUGCACUUCAGGGCUGGGGAAAGCUCUGCACAAAGUUCCUGGAACGUGGCCUUUCGCAUUCAGCCGUUUUGCAGCCACUGCUCGUCAUCGCAUAGCUGUGUAAUGAUGUGAUCCCACCAGUCAGUGCUUGUUUCCCGGGACCAGAAACUGCACUCCACCAUGUUCAACUGCUGCACGAUUGCCAGCAGCAACCGGGAAUUGUUCUCUGGCUUGCAGCAGGGCUGCUGGAAUGACAUCGCUGUAUUCCAUGCGGCAGCUCCUGUCUCGGCUCUGGAAAUACUGCAGGGUAAGGCGAGGUGUUCAAAAUUCUCACAAGAUUGCACAGCUGAGUGGGGUCCAUGGCUAAGCGAAGCUUUCGAAAAAAGACUUGAGAAAGUAUAGGCUGUUUGCCGUUCAUAUCAGGGGAGGGAGGGAGGGAGGAAACUGCAUCAUGGAAGGCCAAAGCCAUGUUCCCAUUUCCCCCCUGCGACAAUGUUUUGGUCCAGGAGGCAUUGCAAGCCCUUCCUAAAACCCUCUGCGGCUAGUUGCACUGUGGGACAGCUACCCUGGUGCACUGCUAGUGAGAACGCACUCCACCAACACAAUGAGCACGGUGUGGACAUGCACAACUGACUUAAUUACUGUGGCGGCUGGAUGUCAACUUAACUUUGUAGUGUAGACAUGCCCUAGGAUUCCUUUGAGGCUGUUUCCUUUGGAGCAACAGGGCUUGGUGUUUUUAGGUAAUCCUUAAAAUCCAACAGUAUUGGGGGGGGAGGGGGGGCCUGAUAAAGGUUUAGUUUUGCCAGUCAAACUUCACACUCCUAGCCCAAAAGAAGAAAAACUGUGAAGAGCCUAAAUUGUUCAAUGUUCCCUUCUUCACCUAGCUCUGCAAAAACUAGCUGCUGUGGAAACUUGGACUGAUUGGGGCUCAUCCUGUUAAACAGUGCCACCUUCUGGACUGAGCUAUAAUGUCUCCUGGUCAGCUGCUGUUUGUCUUCCAAUUUCUUUGACAUUGGGUACUGUAGAAAUCCAAAUACUUGACUUUUCACUACCUGCAGUCUUUGGCUUGUCUCCUCAGAUCUUUUUAAAGCCUGCCUUAUAUAGCCCAUCAGAUUAAAAGAUAGCCUUGUUCAGGGAGAGAACGUGCUAUUUUUUUACCUGUAAAUGUUAUCUGACGCCCUCCCUUUAGGAAUUAGGUCUGUGAAUCUGCAUAGGGGGAUAUAAAAUAUUGAUACUGCCCUACUCUAGAAAUACUUCUUGGGUUUGGACACGUUUAUACUAGUAAUCUGAGAAAUUCUUAUUUUAUACAUAGUAUAGAAAACUGGCAUUUCAGAAGCAGGCAAAUAACUGUAGAUGGUACUUUGAGUUUCCUUCAAGUAAUUAUAAUGAAGGUUCUGCACUAUAAAAUCUUUUCCGGUUCAGUGGUACGUUCUACAAAAAUGUGUGGUCGCUACAAAGUUACUGGAUGUGCCCUCCACCUGCUUUUGAGAAUAACAGCACCAAAUGUGAUAUGGUACCAUUGUUAUCGGCAGGGCCCUGGUGCUAGAAGGCAGCCUACUUUGUUUACAGUUGUUGUUGUUUACAGGUCUUUUAGUUAGUCUUAAAUUUUUUACACGGAACAAGUUUGCCCCAGAUGCAGAAUUCAGGACAGGGACGCUGUCAACUUGAAAGAUCACCUGACCAUUAUUACAUGUCACAGCGUUCCUAUCACAGAGUAAAGUGUUCAAGUUUGCUUCCCUGGUUGGUAGAGCUCAAAACGCUGUAUAAUCAGUUCUGCUGUAGCGUUGAUGGUGCGCGCCCAUCUUCAGAGCCUGCAAGGGGUGGUCAUCAUCUAAACAGGAACAUGUGUGUCUUGAGCGGGUGCAGGGGAGUAAGUGUAAGUGUGGUUAAUGGUGUUGCUCUCUGGCCUGUGCAAAAAGACUAUUUACAUAAAUAGGAGCACAAAGCCCCUUAACUAUUGACCAGGAGCUCUUAAGAGUCAGGGAAAAUAUAAGGACUUCAUGGGGUUUUUUUUUUUUCAAAUAAGCCAAUUAAAGGUAAGUUUGUAGUGUAUCUUGGAAGCUAGCAUCAAAGCUCUAGCCUGAUUGUAGGAAAGGAGUUGAGGUGAGGGAGAACAGCUGUGUUGGCAUUACAGACUCAGCCUGAAAGUUACAUACCCUGGAAAAAUAACAUCAUCAGUUCACUAACCAUUUAUGUUGUCUUCCUGUGUCUGGCUGUUCAGUUUUUGGUUUUUAAAGUAUUGAAAGUGCAUUGCUUAACAAGUGCUGGUCCUCUCUGUCUAGGUUGGAUAUUCUGUCACUAGUGUCUCUUGCCACUAGAACUUAAAAUGACAAUGAAUGUAUUUGCUUAUAUGACACGUAUAACCUAAUGUGCAUUAUAUUUUAAAAUAAAGCAUCUCACUUGCUUCAUGAUUACAUACCUCAGUCAACCUUGUGGUGAGGAAAAAGGAAUGUUUUUAAAGGGGAGAAGAAUUGUGUUUAAAUGUUGCACUAAGUGAAGUAUAAUGCCAAUUUUAUGAAAAAUUACGUAUUUGGUUUUGAAUUGCUGCCCUAGACUUAAUUGUUGAUCACAAAUGCAUUUCAACUACAAAAUAUGACAGCUGGCAUUUUCCUACACUGUGACUAAGUUUUACACUAACUUGAUUUUGAUCCUUUCCAACUAUAGCCUAUGAAUGGAAAGAAAGUAAAAGGGGCAUUUAAAUAUGGAAUAUGGACCAAAAGGCACAAGUGCACUUUUUUAGUUUUAUGAGCUGUUUUAGGUAGCUUACAUUAUACUGACUUCCACAUGGCUGCAAACUUACUUUAGCUAAAACACUCUGAAAAGUACACGAACAUUAAGUUAAUCUCUGCAGCCUGCUAGAUUAGGAAAUGUAGCUACUGCAUAUGCUUUCUGUUUAAACGCUUGUCCAAACAAUGCUUCAAUUUAUUAAAUUACCUGGUAUGUGUAACUUCGUCUCCACUGUUAAAUCGACGAAUGCCCUCUGUCAUUAGUGGUUAUUCACUAUGCAUUUUGGAAUCUCUGUUUUGAAACUUUCCCUUCAACCACAACAAAGCUGGCAGGUAUGAAGGAUAGUGGUCAAUCGCUGCAAAUUGACUAAAAUAUAUUUAGUUCCCUAAGAACAUUGACACCCACAUGCCAUUAGUCAGACUAUUACAGAAUGUGGGGGGGGGUUGGUAUUUUUUUACACUGGUAGUAGGAAAUUCCAGUUGCACAGGAAUUUGGCUUACUAAUAAGAUUAUUCAGUAAUGAGAACUGUGUGUAAGUUCUGCAAUUAAUGUAUCAUUAAAAUGCUGCUGAAUGUGAUAGUUUCCCUUUGUCUAGAAUUUUCCCUCCACAAUUUGCCAUCUUUUCAGUAACUAUUUAACCAUUCAAACAGUGUAAUAGAUUGUUAAUGUAAAACCUAAACCUUUGGGAAAUAAAUGUCUGUGCAAAUCUU